AGGCAGGCACGAGCAGCAGUGAGGUAGGUAGUAGGAGCCAUGGGCCGCAUGUAUGGAAAGGGCAAGGGCAUUGCUUCCUCGGCAAUCCCGUACAAGCGAACUCCACCAAGUUGGCUGAAGCUUAAGCCGGAUGAUGUGUCUGACCAUAUUUGCAAGCUGGCCAAGAAAGGGCUGACUCCUUCCCAGAUUGGUGUCACCUUGCGAGACAGCUUCGGUGUGCCUCAGGUGAAGACUGUGACUGGCAACCACAUCUUGCGAAUCUUGAAGACCAAUGGCUUGGCACCAACCCUGCCAGAGGAUUUGUACUACUUGAUCAAGAAAGCAGUGUCUAUCCGAAAGCACUUGGACAAGAACCGCAAGGACAAGGAUGCCAAGUUUCGCUUGAUUCUAGUGGAAAGCCGUAUUCAUCGCCUGGCCAGAUACUACAAGCGAGUGAAGUCCCUGCCUGCGACUUUCAAGUACCAAUCUGCCACUGCAUCAGCACUGGUUGCGUGAGUGAGGCUUUGUACUGGCCACAUGGCUUCCCUUUGACCUGCACCUGCGUGCUCUGCAAACUACAAAAAUAAGCGAGUGCGACUCAUGGAUGUUGAGUAGAUGAUUUUCUUGGCAAGUCCGUGAUAAGAAUCGACCAUAUUAAACAGUUUUUGCUGAGUCAUGCUGAUACAUGCUGAUACAGAUACACAGAUUGCCUAUGAUUGACUAGAAUCUAUAGAACUCACUCUGGAACGCUUUCGACUUCAGACUGCGUGCGCUGGAGUGUCGAGUCGCUCAGCGUAGGGUUUCAUGGUUUUCAUUGAAACCAUUGUGUAGGGUGCGCAUCUAUCCUUCUUAUUGUCGCAGGCAGGCACGAGCAGCAGCGAGG